CAGAAGAAAUACUUUACUCCUAAGCCUAACAACUGUGAAACCUGAACGUAGACUAUCUUUUGAGUUUUCUAUAUUGAAUGUUUGCAAAUUUUCUUUUAUAAAACUUUUGAAUUAAUUUAAAUAGCAAAAAGUGAUGAUAAUAGGUAUUAAUUAUAUUAAUUUUAUUAAAACCCCUUGUGAAUAUUAUAAUCGGUGCCUUUGAGAAGGUAAUGUUAAACAGCACAUAUGCAGUCAGGUCACGCCGAGUUCAGUCAAGGGUAUCAUCAGGGAUCCUAUGCGUACACCACACCAGCAUUAUCAUCAGUUGCAAGCAACUCUGGUCAUGAUAUUAAUAAACCAGUAGCUGCUGCCCAGCAAGCAAUGUAUUCUAGUGCUGGCAUGCCUGCGCCAUCGCAGCAUCACCAAUCCAUGGGAGGACCAAUUGCAUCUCCCCAGCCUAUAAUUCAACAAGGGCAACAGAUGUCUAGAAACCCCACCAUCGCAAUGCCCACGGCUUAUUAUCAAAGAAACAACGUCCCUCCUCGAACAAUGCAGAGCAUGCCUAGAAAUCCUAUAAGUGCAGUUGUCAACCAGCCUGGUCAACAACCGUCUUCUCAAUAUGCGCCAAUGCCAACUAUGGUUCCGAUACAACAUAAUUUUAAUUCGUUUCCGCCAACAUUGGUCAAUCAUCAAUUUCCACAAAUGUACCAACAUAGAGCGUACAAUGCUCCUCAGUAUCCCGUUAUACCAAGUCAACAAUAUUUAUGGAAUUACAAUACUCCACCACCUCAGAAUUCGAAUGGUUACUUUCCUUCUCAUGGGAUGUCCAGCUACCAGUCGAUGCCCCCUCAAAUGCCUCCUCAGUCUAUUCCUGCUCAGCCACAACAACAGCAUAGCAGGAAAGGUGAAAAGGCUAUUCCAAUUAUUGAUCCAAAGACUGGAAAAAAUGUAUUGAGUAUUGAUAAAAAUGCUGAAGAUAGUUCUCGUCCAAACAGUGAAAAAGAAUCUGAAAAUUCAGACUCGAAUAUCUGUGUGCAAUUUGCAACACAAGUUGCUGCAGUUCUAAAUGACAGCCGUAGUGAUAUCACAUCAAAGCAACCUGAGUCUGUGAGGAUAGAUACCCUGUGUUCUCAUGAAAAUGAAGGAAUAAGAAUGCCAAUAACUCCUGUUGUUGAGCUUGUUGAUGAAAAUAUAAGUGAACUCCAAAACAUUGAAAAUUUAAGUGAAGUUGAAUUCACUGAAAAUACCAAUCUGAUAUGCAACGACGAAAUCGGAGGACCUUACUACAGAAAAGAUAUAGAUUCAAAUAGUAUUAUUGAAUCCGAGUCUGGUGCCACUAAAAAUGUAGACUUGGAAGCCAAGACUGAGGAUAGAGAACAAAAUGUUUUUGAGGUACCUGUGGAAUCAUCUGUGCCUGAUAAAGAAGAAUCAAUAAAAACAGAAAAACUUAAUUCUUCUUCUAAUGUUGAAAAAGUCGUAGUAUUUAGUGAAAUUAAGAAAAUAAAUAAUGUUAAAUCAAUUAUAGAAUCAGACUGCUCUAAUAGUAUACAAGAAUCGCUACAACCAAUAGUUGCUUCUGUUAAAGAAGAACUUGUACAACCCAACAAUAGUGAAAUUCUGGAAUCUUCAUCAGCUGUUAGUACUAAAAUUCCUGAGAAAAUAUUAACAGAAGGAAAGAAAAAUAAAGCAAAGAAGAAAAAGGAUUACAAUAAACGAGGUGAAAGUAAAGAAGGAGGAGAAAUGGAUGCCUUUUUGGAUACAAAAGAGGGUGCAGCUGUAUCUCCGGCUCCACUUCUUCCACCUGUAACAGCAACAGCUCCUACAUCUGUUCCUACAAUUGUUUCUGAAAGAACUCCGUCACCUGUACCAAUAGUGGAUAGUGAAAUUUUAAGUACUAUACCAUUGCCUGGGGAGAUUCCAGAUAUUAUGCCUCAAAAUGACAUAUCACCAAGUGACCCAACUAGCGAAACCUCCUCUGUAUCACCAAGUGCCGAUAGUGAAGAUAAAGAAAAUGUUGCUGAAACGCAGAAAGAUAAAAUAGUUUUAAAAUAUAGUUAUAAAGAAGAUCAGUGGAGUCCGCUAAAUCCUGAAGGCAAGAAACAAUAUGAUCGGGAGUUUCUGUUGCAACUGCAAUCACAACCUAUGUCAUUAUGCAAGCCCAACAAUUUACCAAAUUUAGAUGUGAUUAAGGACAAGGCCCAUAUACAAAAACUCACCGAAGUGAAUAGGGUACCUCCACCAGUUAUGAAUAAUCCAAUGCGGGCAUAUGAUCCUUUUAUGCCAGGAUUUGCACGGGGUGGACCUAUGCCUAGAAUGCCUCAUGCUCCUGUCAAUCGACGUAGUCAGGGAAGGGGAGGAGAAAAGCCUAGGAAAGUUAUUUCUUUUACGAGCUCUCUAAAUCAAAAUAUAAAAUUACAUGAGUCGCAGAAUGCGUGGAAGCCACUGCAUAAAAGCGAGAUACCUCCUGAUGAAAAGGAUAAACUGAAACGAAGUGUUCAAGGUGUACUGAACAAAUUGACACCUCAGAAAUUUGAAACUCUGCUUUCCCAGCUUAAAGGCCUCAAUAUAGAUACAGAAGAAAAAUUAGCUUUAGUAAUUGAUUUAAUAUUCGAAAAAGCGAUAGAUGAACCAAAUUUUAGCGUCCCUUAUGCAAAUCUCUGCAAGCAUUUGGCUUUGAUUAAGGUGCCUGUAUCUGGAACGGGUACACAAGUAAAUUUCCGCAAGCUGUUGCUUACUAAAUGUCAGAAAGAAUUUGAACAAGAUAGAAGCGACGAGCUUAAGAAUGAAGAAAAAAUGAAAACUUUAGAAGCAGCUGAUCCUGAUAAAAGAAAAGAGCUGCAAUUUGAAUAUGAAGAAGAAGAAAAAAAAAUUAGGUAUAGACAGUUAGGAAACAUAAGGUUCAUUGGAGAGUUAUUUAAAUUAGGUAUGCUUAUUGAACCAAUUAUGCAUGAAUGUAUUAAAAAGCUAUUAAGUCAAGGUGAUGAAGAGUCUUUAGAAUGUCUUUGUAGAUUAUUGAAGACUAUCGGUAAAGAACUAGACGAUACAAAGGCAACUAAAAAUUCUAGGGACAACCAGAUGGAUAUGUAUUUUGCCCAAAUGAAAUUAAUUGUUGAUAAGCGACUGACAAGCUCUAGAGUUAGGUUUAUGUUACAAGAUGUUAUAGAUCUAAAAAAAAAUAAUUGGGUGCCCAGGAGAGAUGAAAAUAAUCCUAAAACUAUUGAUCAAAUUCACAAAGAAGCAGAACGCGAAGCUCGUGAACAGCAACAAGUUUAUCAAAAUAUGACUAAUUAUCCAAAACGAAUAGCCGAUGAUAGAGACCGGAGGAAAAAUGCUGGUCGAAUGGGACCAUCUGAGGAUGGUUGGACUUCAUCUUCUAAAAGCAAUAAAGGUAGCUACAGUGUGGUUGAUCCUUCCAAACUGAAAUUGACUAAGCCUGAUGAAGUAGAGAGCAUUCGCUUGGGUCCUGGUGGAAGAGGCCUUCAAAGUUGGGGUAGAGGCAGCAGUGGUGGCACUAAAACAACUGCUGAUUCUGAUAAAACUGCAUUAACAAAUAGGUUUUCUGCACUUUCGGAACAAUCUCUAUCAUCUAACUAUGAAGGAAGGAGAGGUUCUCAACGAUCAGCAGCUUCCAGUCGUGAAUCUAGUCGAGGCCGCAAUAGUCAGUUGCCCCCUGCAAUUAGAAAAACGCCGUCUACUUCAAAAGAGAGAGAGAAUUUGCUUGAAACUGUUAAAGGCCUUACAAGGACAUCUGAGGCUAAAGCUCCUGAAGUUAAGGCAGCUGCUGAUGUUCAUGUGAAUGGAAAAGCAGUUGCAGCAGAAGAUUUAGCUCUCAAUGGCCCAGAAUACAACGAAGAUGACAUGGAGAGGAAGACUAAGCCCCUUAUUGAUGAAUUCCUUCACAAUAAUGAUUUUGAGGAAGCAAUAAAAUGUGUCACGGAGCUGGCUUCUCCAAAUACUGUCCAUAUGUUCAUCAAUGCAGCAAUUAAUCAAGUUCUUGAACGGUCUAGUCAGGCUAGGUAUUCUCUGGGCCAGUUAUUAUCUUCACUUCUGAAAAAGAAAAUAAUAACAUUUGACCAGUAUAAGAAAGGAUUUGCUGGUGUCCUAGAAAUUAUUGAUGAUUAUGCUUUGGAUAUUCCUUUAAUUUGGGAUUAUAUGGGAGAAAUCCUGGAGCCAAUGAUUGAAGAUAUUGAAACUCCAUUCAAGUUAUUAAAAGAAGUAUUGCAACCAUGCAUACCAUCUGAGAAGGCUGGUAUGCUGGUUUCAUCCAUACUUCACUGUGCUGCCAAGCGAAAAGGCACAAUAAAGCUUGGGGAAGUCUGGAGAGAAUCUGGUGUCCAGUGGACUGAUAUCAUUGGAACUGACAGGAAUGUUUCUGAAUUUAUUGAAAAACAUAAACUUGAAUUUACUGUCAGUCCAACAAAAGUUAAUCCACAAACUCAAAUGUCAAUGGAAGAAAUGAAAAAACAUCUAUUGAGCCUGCUAGAAAAAAAUUCUGAAUUGGAAGAAGUUUUCGAUUGGGUUGAUGCAAAUAUAUCUGAUACUAGUGGUCCAACCUUUGUUCGUGCCUUGGUAACAGCAGUUCAUGAAAGUUGUUUAACAGGUUCCGGAACUACGUGGGAAUUAAAUACAAGUAAACUGAAAUCAAGGAUACCUCUCAUAUCCCGUUAUGUAUCCACUAAUGAAAAAUUGCAACUCCAAGCUUUGUAUGCUGUGCAGGCUCUAAUGAAUCAAUUAGGUCAACCUAGUGGUCUUCUACAUCAAAUUUUCGAUGUUUUAUAUGAUGAUGAUGUCAUUAGUGAUGAAUCUUUUAAAGAAUGGGAGCAGAGUGAUGAUCCCAAUGAGGCAGAAGGCAAGGGCGUUGCUGUUCAUUCCGUGAAGUCUUUUUUCACUUGGUUACGAGAACCUGAGGAAGAAACUGAAGAAAUGAACUCUGUGUGACUACCACUUUUACUUACAACAGACAAUUGGACUUAUUUCCAGUGACUGUGUAUAAAUACACAAUAAAACUUUAAAUACUUUUCACAGAAUCAAGAAUGAAAUAUAAAUGAUGCAAGAAUGCUUGGAUCUCCUUUCAGAGUUACUGUUGAAAAUGAUAUGAUGUUUGUGCAAUUCUUUUUGUAAAAGAACUACUGAACAGUGAAUAGCUCUUAUAAAAAAAUAUUCCUGCGUUGAUGAGUGAAUGGCAUUUGUAUGUGUUCAGUUUUGUAAGAAUGCAAGGUUUAGUUCAACUUCCUAUGAUUUAAAUGCAUGUAUAAUUUUUGGUAUUAAAUGGGAUGGUCUUUACUACAUUUUCUGUUACAAGAAUGGUUGAUAACUUUUAAAUGCCUUUUAGCUCUUUUAUAGAAACUAAAUUGCAUUGAAUUGUUCUCUUCCAAUCUUUAAAAAGUACGAUUUUAGUUUCUUUAAAUUAAAUGUGUAUAACUGGUUCUUUUUGUAUAUAAUAAACCAGUCAUUAAUGUGGAUAAAAAGAAAUUAUUUUUUCCCUCUUAUGAAAGUUGUGUACGUAUGUAUAUUGUCUUAAAGGUUGUGCCUUCUACUUUGUUUUCUGUCUUUUGCUCAAGACAAAUAUUCAUUUUCAUGUGGGAAUGCUCUGAAAAUUGUGGAGAAUAAAUUAUUUUUAAAUAUUAAUUUGCCCUGUAUUGAUAUCUAGAUAAAAUGUGCCGACUUAAAUUAUGGUAAUUUUUCUUUAACAAUUUUGAUACUUUUGUUUAUAUUAAAGCAUUAUAAAAAAUGCUGUUCCUAGAAGUGGAAAGUUGUAAGUCUAAUUGUGUGUAAUUAUACUUAAGCAUUUUGUCACACAGGGACUGGGAAGAAAAAUGUAAGUGGCUAUCUUUAGGUAAUUUCAAAUUGUCCAUUUGCAUUUUUCUUUUCAAUUGUGAUAAUCAAAUUGUAAAAUAAAAACAAUUGCAUUAUACAGUCUCGUUGGAGAGUACAUGGGAUCUUCUCCCUUGUGUCAAAUUUUUAUUAUUGUGUAUAUGCAAUUCAAUUGCAACUAUAUUUAUUUGUGUAAAAACUAUUUAGCAAAUACAGAAAAUUAUUUUGAAUCUGUAGAAAGCUGGAUCAUUUUGAACUGGCUUUUGUUUUCCUUGAAUGAUGCUGUAAUAGAAACAAAUAACAGCAAGUAUAUAUAUAUAUAUAUAAUGUUUUAUACAUCAUCAAUGGAAACAUAAAAAAAAGUUUUGUAUCUACAGAAAUUCAAUGUUAUAAAAACUUAAGAUUUUUUUAA